AUGAUGAGCUGGUGGUCAUCCUCGGCCAACACGGCCUUGGAUGAGCAGAUAGACAAGGCGACAGGCAGUAGCCUGGAGGACAUCGCCUUGAACCUGGAGAUUUCCGACGUCAUCAGAUCAAAGACUGUGGCUCCGAAAGAAGCCAUGCGAUCCCUCAAGAAGCGAAUCGGAAACAAGAACCCAAACACACAGCUCAGCGCCCUGAAUCUCACGGAUACCUGUGUCAAGAAUGGCGGAUCGCACUUCCUCGCCGAGAUAGCCUCGCGCGAGUUUAUGGACAACCUGGUUUCGCUCUUGCAAGCUGUGGGGGCCGUGGCCAUCAACGCCGACGUACGAGCCAAAAUCCUCGAGCUUGUCCAAUCCUGGGCCGCUGCGACCGACGGGAGACACGAAUUAGCAUACAUGGGCGAGGUGUACAGAAGAUUACAACGAGAAGGAUAUCAGUUCCCACCACGAGUAACCGUGACGAGCAGCAUGAUUGACAGCAGCGCGCCGCCUGAAUGGGCCGACUCUGACGUCUGUAUGCGGUGUCGAACGGCAUUCACCUUUACAAACCGAAAACACCAUUGCCGAAACUGCGGCAACUGCUUCGAUCAACAGUGCUCCAGCAAGACGAUCCCACUACCCCAUCUCGGGAUCCACGCGCCUGUCCGAGUCGACGAUGGCUGUUUCGCCAAGUUGACCGGCAAGGGAUACAAGGAACUGGGUCCUCCCGACAGGUCGCCCACGUACCCACACAAGAAUCGCAGCACAUCUGCCAUGCAGCCGCGAAAUGCUCGAGUCGACGACGGUUUCGACGAAGAUCUCAAGAAGGCACUGGCGAUGAGCCUCGAGGACGUCGGAAACGCCGCCAGGGGCUAUGCAGAGCCGGCACCCCACGGUGCCAGCAACCGGCAAAGCACGGCAAAGCAAGACGAGGAAGAGGAUUCCGACUUGAAAGCGGCGAUUGCGGCAUCCCUGGCCGACGUGGAGGAGCAAAAGAAGAGGCACGCUGCCGCUCUCAAGGCGCAAACGUUGGACGCUGGGGCCGGCCCGCAACCCGGGCCGCUGCUGCUGCCAAGGAACGACUACGAACUGACGCCUGUAGAGGCGGAAAAUAUCAACCUCUUUGCCACCCUAGUCGACCGCCUUCAAACACAACCCCCUGGGACAAUUCUGCGAGAACCGCAGAUCCAGGAGCUUUACGACAGCAUCGGCACCCUGCGGCCAAAGUUGGCGCGAACCUAUGGCGAAACCAUGAGCAAGCACGAUACCUUGCUGGAUCUCCAUGCCAAGCUUUCUACAGUGGUUCGAUAUUACGAUCGCAUGCUCGAGGAGCGGCUGUCGAAAGCCUACGGCCAGCAAAACCUGGGCGGUUACAGCUUGCCGCCGCCCCGGCAGCCUGCAGGGCCGUACGCAUCCAUGCCUUUGCAAGCACCCACGAAUCUCAGCGCGGCCGAGAGCUUCUACACGGGACAAGCGAUUCCUCCGUUUCAACCGAGUCCUGCAGCCCACGCUUAUCAGCAGCUGCCGACGGCACCGGCGGCACAGCCUCAAUUCGCUUUGGCACCUUCUGCGCCGUCUGCAUCGCAGGAUCCGUAUCAGCUACGACAGCCAACCUCUGCCCAUGAACUGUCGCAGAGGAGGCAGACGCCAUCACAACGAGCCGCCAAUUCUCCCUCGACGGAAGACCGGGCAUCGUAUUACUUUGGCUCUCAGCAGCAGCAGCAGCAGCAGCAGCAGCCGGUAGAGUCUCCUCCACCGGGAGCCCCAACCCCAGUCGACGCGGCAGAGCCCAAUCAACUAGCGUACCCGACUCUUCAGCACUCUCUGCAAUACCAACGGCCCGCCUCGGUUGCCGGACCCAGCCAAGCGACGCCAGCGCAGUCCCCACGACGGCCCUCGCAACCACAAGGCCAGCCUCAAGCCAUCCCCGGCCCCCAAAGACAGCAGCCGCCGCCGCAGCAACAGCCGUACUGGCAGCCCCAUUGGCAGCCAGCACGAGGGCACGCAGCUCAGCAGCAGCCGCCAGCGACUGCUCAGUCGUGGGCAUACACGAGCUACGCCGCAGAGUCGUUCCCUUCGGUCCCGCAACACGAGCCGGCCAAGAAGCCAGCGCAGGAAGAGGCGCUGAUCGAACUGUGA